AUGUCGACAUACAGACUAUACUAUUUCGACGGUCGUGGUCGUGCUGAAAUCUCUCGUCUUAUUUUGGUUGCUGCUGGACAAGUAUUUGAAGAUGUACGAUAUUCCGAGAAAGAAUGGCUAUCUCAUAAGUCAGAAAUGCCUCUCGGUCAGAUGCCAGUACUUGAAAUUGAUGGUGUCAAAUUACCACAAUCAAUGACUAUUGCUCGAUUUCUUGCUCGUCAAUUUCAUUUGGCAGGCAAAGAUAAUUGGGAACAAGCAAAAGUCGAAGCCGUUGCUGAUACAGCUACAGAUCUUCUUAAUAAAUUCGGACCAAUUAUUUGGUAUGAAAAAGAACCUCAGAAAAAAGAAAGUAUAGACAAAUUCUUUGCUAACGAAUUACCGAAGCAUUUAUGUAAUCUCGAAACCUUGGCCAAAGCCUACAGUGAAGGUGGUUCAUUCUUUGUCGGCAAUCAUCUGACUUUCGCUGAUUUGCAUGUAUACGAUGUGCUAGAAAAUAUUCUAGAAAUUGAUGCGAAUUUAUUGGACCAAUAUCCAUGGUUGAAGACUAACCGUCAAGAAGUUGCCAAACAUCCGAAUAUUGCUGCCUAUCUCAAAAAUCGACCACGAACCGAAUUUUAA